UGGUGGCUGACUAAAUACUUUUUUGCCCCAUUGUAUAUAGGACAAAACACAUAUCACAAAAAGAGAGAGACCACAACACUACAUAGAGACUGAAGACAACAACACAUCAUGGUAGCAACACAUGACAACAACACAGUAGAAACACAACAUGGCAGCAGGACAACAUGGUACAAACAUUAUUGGGCACAGACAACAGCAUAAAGGGCAAGAAGGUGGAGACAACAAUUAUUCAGACACCUUCCCUUUUCUUAGAUUUUGUUACAUUACAGCCUUAUUCUAAAAUGUAUUAAAUCAUUUUUUCCCCUCAUCAAUCUACACACAAUACCCCAUAAUGACAAAGCGAAAUCAUUUUUUUUUUUUUUUUUGCUAAUUUAUAAAAUGUCAAAAACAGAAAUACCUUAUUUACAUAAGUAUUCAGACCCUUUGCUAUUAUGCAUUGGUAUUUUAUUAGGGAUCACCAUUAGCUGCUGCCAAGGCACCAGCUACUCUUCCUGAGUUCCAAACACAUUAAGACACUUACAUUACACAUAAAACAAAAUAUAAAACAGUACAUCAUAUAACACUGUCACACCACCACAUAUCCACAACACAAAAUGUAUGACACCACCAUACAACAAUAUUACAAAGUACAUGUGUGUAAAGUGUGUGUGCUAGAGCCCAUGUGCGUAUGCAUCAAACGCUGAAUACCACAAGUGUAGAUUUUACUGUGAAGUGCAUGUACCCGUGUGUAUGUACCCGUGUGUGUGUCUCUUCACAGUCCCUGCUGUUCCACAAGAUGUAUUUUUAUCUGUUUUUUAAAUAUGAUUGCAUCAGUUACCUGAUGUGGAAUAGAGAUCCAUAUAGUUAUGGCUCUAUGUGGUACUGUAUGCCUCCCAUAGUCUGUUCUGGACUUGGGGAUUGUGAAGAGACCUCUGGUGACAUGUCUUGUGGGGUAUGCAUGGGUGUCCGAGCUGUGUGCUAGUAGUUUAAACAGAAUUCUCGGCGCAUUCAACUUGUCAACAGUUCUUACAAAAACAAGUAGAGAUGAAGUCAAUCUCUCCUCCUUUGACCCAUGAGAGAUUGACAUGCAUAUCAUUAAUGUUAGCUCUCUGCGUACAUUCAAGGGCCGGACAUGCUGCCCAGUUCUGAGCCAAUUGUAAUUUUCCUAAGUCCCCCUUUAGUGGCACGACUGAACAGUAUUCCAAGUGCGACAUACCUAGGACCUGUAGGACCUGCCUCGUUGAUAGUGUUGUUAAAAAGGCAGAGCAGUGCUUUAUUGUGGACAGACUUCUCCCCAUCUUAGCUACUGUUGUAUCAACAAGUUUUGACCAUGACAGUUUAUAAUCCAGGGUUAUUCCAAGCAGUUAGUCACCUCAACUUGCUACAUUUCCAUGUAAUUCAUUACAAUAUUUGGUUGAGGUUUAUGGUUUAGUGAAUGAUUUGUCCCAAAUACAAUGCUUCCAUUCUGAAACAAACUGCAGCUCUUUGUUAAGUGUUGCAGUCAUUUCACUCGCUGUAGUAGCUGACGUGUAUAGUGUUGAGUCAUCCGCAUACAUAGACACACUCGCUUUACUCAAGCCAGUGGUAUGUCGUUAGUGAAGAUUGAAAAAAGUAAGGCCUCUAGCAGCAGACUAUGAUCGGUAAUGUGAAAAGCUGCAUUGAAGUCUAACAAAACAGCCGCCACAAUAUUUUUAUCAUCAAUUUCUCUCAGCCAAUCAUCAGUCAUUUGUGUCAACUGCUGCGCUUGUUGAAUGUCCUUUCCUAUAAGGUGGCUGAAAGUAUGUUGUCAAUUAGUUUCCUGUAAAACAGUGCUUUGCCAUUAUGGGGUAUUGUGUGUAGAUUGAUGACGGAAAAAAAAACAAUUGAAUCAAUUUUAGAGUAAGGCUGUGAACGUAACAAAAUGUGUAAAAAGUCAAAGGGUCUGAAUAGUUUCUGAAUGCGCCGUAUGUCCACAAUGAUUUUCAGAGUUUUGGGUUGCAGGUAAUAGAACUGGUAGUGCUAAAGAUGACAUUCUGUGCUAUAUCAUAUGAUAUCAUGUUAUAUAUGUAAAGUGUGUUCACAGCAAACAGGGGCUGGAGCGGAGGGCUCUGGCCAGCCGCUGGCCUCUUCAUGGUCCUGCCUAGAAGAGUUCCGGAAGAUUCCCUUCAUUGAGUGCCAUGGGCGAGGGACUUGCAGCUACUACACUAACUCCUACAGCUACUGGCUGGCCUUGUUGGACCCCGAAAACAUGUUCAGCUUGAGUUCGUUUCGAGAUGUAUUUAAAAGAAGAGACUGUUGUCAGCCUUGAGUUGAAUGGUUUUCUGUUCCAGGAAGUGCUAAAUUAACUUAAAGGCAGCCGGUGGGGAAAAAGGUUGGUGGUCCACAACCCCCACAUCCCUGACAGGCCACCUGUCACUCAACCCAGGAAGCAGAGUGACGAGCUGAGAGGGAGAGCUCUUUAUAAGAGCCCCACAGAACCCUCAUCAACAGAACCAGGCCUGCUCCAUAUCAACUGAUCUAGAUCCAGCACACCCCGGUCCAGCUUAGCUCAGCUAUUUUCACCGUGUCUCGUCCCUGCAAACCCAACCCAGCUCUGUUGGACAUGAAGUUCUCCCAAAUCCACUGUGCCCUGGCCCUGCUGGGUUUGGCCCUGGCCAUUUGCAGCCAAGGAGCCGCCUCGCAGCCCGACCUGGACCUCCGCAGCCGCAGACUCCUUCAGAGGGCCCGUGCCGCUAGCAUUGCCACACAGGAGUGGAGUAAGCGAGUGAUGGAGGACAUUCUAUCCGAACUGUCCUUGCCUGAGCUGGAGGCCCAGAAAAGUGAGGGGUCCACGGCUGAGGCCAAAGAGGAUCUGGAGCGCUCAGUGGACAACUCCAACAACCUGCCCCCCCGCGAGCGCAAAGCUGGCUGCAAGAACUUCUACUGGAAGGGCUUCACUUCUUGCUGAGGGAAGAAAAGUCUGACCACCUUAUGACACGAUGUUGCCAAUCACAUCACACCGCCAACCUGCAUCUGACUAAUGCAGCCAAUCAACAAUUAGCUGUGCCUGAUGACGAUUCUUGAAAUCAACAGAAUGAUGUACCUGUCAAAUUUAUGAAAUAAAGAGAAAAUCAUUUUA